AUGGACGACAAGGUAACCGCAAGCACCAAUAUAACUGCUCGGGACGGACUAUGGCAGCCCGUCCCCGGUACCUUAUCCAUACCUUAUCCAUCCUCAUAAUCACGUACGGUCCAUGGAUACUAUACCGUAUCCUUCCCAGCCUUAUUUGCCGCAAGGGGUCUAAUACCUACCUACCUCUCUCUCUCUCGCCCACCACAAUACCAGAUUACCGCGUCUCUCGCCCAAAUCAAUUCUCACUUUACCCUCCUGCCUACCACCGUGAUACCGCCACCGUCUCUUCCACACAACACACACUCACUCCCGCACAAGCGCACAUACACACACAUCCAGACACACACAUCCGACGCACACACGCACACACACACCGGCACAGCAUGUACGCCCACACAUUACGCAGUACAGUACCUAUCUCUCUUCCCCAUCCCUUUCGCUUGACGCCGCCGUCAGUCGGGUACCCUCGCACUGCUCCAAACGGCCUGCAUAUGCGAGAGAUGGCUGCAUCCUUCCUCCGCCUACCUUGCACGUACAUAUUGCGGUACAGCCUGGCUACGCACACAAUCUCUCUCUGCCUGGUCCAAGCCAAGGGUUGGGGGAACGGCAGACAACCCCAUCCACACCCCCCUGCUACAGGCAUUGAGACAGACGCAGACCCCCCCCCUUCACUUGGUUGCUGUCGCAAUUCUCCUCUCACACCUUGACCCCUGACGGAACCCCCCCUCCUCUCCUCUCCUCUCCGAGGACACCUCAGGCGCACGAGAGCACUACACAAUAGUGUACGACUACG